AUGGCGGCACACAUGGCAAGGAAAGCUCUUUACGUUUAUGGCGCAUUUUGCAUACUUUUGUUUGCCAAAGCGAGUUACGAAUGCAAAAGUAAGUAUUUACACUUUUUGCGUUGACUUAAGACAGAAUUAUGAGUAAUUCUGAAAAUGGAGUUCGAGAAAAGAGUUAAAACAAUUUUGAAAUUUGCCCCUCGGCCCCGCGCCUCUACUCGUUUAAGCAGAGUUACAUGUACGAUCAUUGUGCCGUGAUUGCACGAAAAACAAAUUUAAUUAUUUAUUCCAAUAAUUUAUGAUUCAAUGAGGGACAACUUAAGGUUUUUUUCUCAGUCUCACCCUUGUGACAUUGGAUAAAAACAUUGUAAUGUUUAACUUAUUGAGAGCACUGGACAGGAUGAAAUGCAACAGUCAGAUAAUUUUUCAAUCCAAAAUACCUGUAUCAUUUUUACUAAACAUUUAUGCGUGGUAAAGCCACGUACCUUAUUAACUCAGGGCGCGAAGAAAAUCCUGUCUUGUUUUCCAGGACAUUUAGUAGAUUUGCUAGUAAAUUUGGGUAAGGAACAUUGUUAUAUUCCUAGACUUUCACUCAACUAAACACGGACUGCCAUUGGUUGAUUCUUGGUCACGUGGCCUUGACUAAAAUCAAAUGUAUCCCAAUCGUGAUACAUUAAGCAAUGUACCCCGCUCAGGCUACAUUACAGCACAUGAUCAAAGCAUGGUGGAAAGUAGCGUGACAGAAGGCGGUAAAAACACUGCCUGUUUUCAUUUUUGUGAAUGAACACAACAGCUUGAACACAAACACGAAACCUCAAGCUAAAAAGCAACGAUUUUUAGAGGCAUCCUAGAAGAGAAAGAGCAGCUAGUGGAGAAAAAAGAUGCAGAUAAUAUAAGGAAAGUACUUUGUAAAUCAUUUAUUCAGUGGUUUUAAGAAUUAAAUUUGUGUUGUUAUAAGUACCGAGUUGACUGUUUUAGUUCGCUCCAGUUAUUCUUUUGUUGCUGUUGAAGUGAAAGUCUGGAAAUAUAACAAAACACUUAAUGUCAGGUCCCUCGGGAAACCAGUUAGUUUUGUUUUCCCUCGAGUCCUGAUGUUUCCCGAGACGAACAUCAUAACUCUCGCGAGAACAAAACUAACUGUUUCCCUCGGGAUCUGACAUUAAGUGUACAAUAAUCUUUUUUCCUCGCUUGUCCAAUGGGCAAAGGUCCAUUCAAGUCAUCUAGUAGUUACAUCAUUAUCAAGCAAGCAGUGGCCCUAAGCAAGCAAAAUAUAAAAGGUGCUUGAGCUUUUUUCAAGCCCUACCAAAAACACAACAAAGUAAUUUGAUAAUUUGUCGUCUUCAGACAUCUCCAUUUUAGAACUAUCGAGAAAGAAGGAUUUUUCCAAGUCCCAAGCUAAGGACAUGAAAAUGUGUGUAUCGGGUAGGAAUGUCUCACUGUCACACUUGUGGGGCAGUGUGGUAGUUGCUCUUCGAUUUGAAAAAACUGAUGUUCAAUCUUAUGAAGCUGAUAGGUAAGUUAAUUUUUUUUCCCAACAAAAUGGUGACUAGUAACACUAAUUAAUUCAGCUAGCAUGUUCAUUGUAUACAAGUUGCUCUAGUAGUUACUUGUAUUGAAAGUUACUUGCCAGUGAUUUUAUGGGGAGAAACACUGUUGGUGUUAAAGUAGGCUCGAUUACCAGCAGCUGUUUGGGAAAUGAGCCCGCGGUCCUCCCAUGAACAGACAGCUGGACGCAUGGGCUUGCUAUUGUUAAUUACCACCAAUCAUAAGCUGCAAAUAGACUCUAUAGAGCCAUGGUCCUCCCAGUUCUAGAUUAUUGUGAUGCUGUGUGGCAUGACUGUUGACAAGGAAACAAUGAGAAGAUUGAAUGACUACAAAGAUGAGCAGUGAGGAUUGUCUACUUCAAAGCUGCCUCAAAACUAUCAACUGAUCAAAUUGGAACCUCUCUAUUAUAGAAGACAGACACACAUUUUAAGAUUUGUUAAUGAUGGCAUUGCAAAUAGAGUUCCCAGAUACCCUUUUUAUUGUUUUAAUGUAAGAAACCGUGACAUUCAUCGCCACAAAACUAGAAAUAAUAAUGACCUUAUCUUAGAAAAAGUUAACUUAGAAUGCACCAAGCGCGCUUUUUUCUACACAGGUGCAACAAAAUUUUUAAUACCUUUUAGAAUUUAAAACUGUUUGAAUCUUCCUUUUAACGUAGCUAUUUUAUACUAUUGUAAUUUGUUUUUAUCCAUAUUUUUAACCUUUUUUUUUCAGGAGCAGCAUUGAUAGCAGUUUUUUCUUAAAACUGAUGUAGCAAUCCUGUAUAAAUAUGUUUAAAUUAUUAUUAUUAUUAUUAUUAUUACAAAAUUAUUAUUAUCGUUGGCUGCUCAAAUCAAACAGACAGCUUAAAUCAUUUUAUUUUUCUGGAGCAGAUUUUAAACGGCAGGCCAAACUUAGGUGUUGUUUGAUUUGGCGUGCGAUUGUGUCUUAGAACGUUUUUUAACAAAGAAAAGUAUUCGCUUAGAGAAGCUGGCAAAUAGUAGGUAUGUUUUUGAAAUUCAACCAACUGGAACUGGAUCAAUAAUUAUUUCCAUUCUACAUGAAUGAUGGUUGUUUGCAGCUAACGUGAAAGAGACGACUGUCAAGUCCACCGGUAAUGCAGGGUCAAUGUAAAUACAAUCAGUACGUGUUUCUGCUGAUUUUUAUGGCAAAAAAUUAAUACCAAAGUAAAGACGAGGCAAAGCACAACAUAUGUUCAGUAUUUAAUGACAUUUCCCAUUUUUGACGUUAAAGAUGCAUAAAUUUUGAGGUUACUUUAUGGGCCACUCACUCAUCCAGCCAUCUCUUCUUGGGGAGGACUAAGAGAGCGGUGGAAAUCGAGCCUAGUGUUAAAGGGGUAUAGUAAAUAAUUUACUAUUGUCUGAUUCUACAGUUAUAGCAACAUUCCUAUUUAUUAAUUAUUACUGGAUCACUACAUUCAGAUCAUUAUUAUAUGUAUUUAUGUUGUGCAUUGUAAAUGAGUCAUUUUAAUAUGCUUACAUCUGUUUCCUCCUGACAUGUGUUUUCUACUUCAAUCAGUAAUUUCAAAACAUUCUUUUUUAUUUGUAUUGCACUUGACAGCUGCCAUGCGCUCAACCCAGCCAAUAAAACUUGGGGAUCUGUGUUUCAGUCAUUGGUGACUAGCACUAACAUACAGGAUCAAAUCACAUUCAAGCAGUCACCAUUCAAAGCUUCAUGCUUUGCAGUGGAAUUUGGAGAAAAACAGAAUGUGUCAGUAGAAGCUGAGUUUCAAGGUGAUUCUACAAAUUUAAUUUUACGGUCACGACAAAUAUCCAUGAUAAUACCAUUUCAAACUUAACAGUGGCCAAAGAGCAAGUUCAAAAGAAAAUUCAAAUUUCUUUUUGUAAAAUCCUAUAAAAUAAAUGGUAGUUCACCUGUAUUUUAAAGUUUUUACCAAAAGUUCUUUCAUUUGAAUGUCCAUAGCAUUGAAAGUUAGUAACAUACUGUAUUUGAUUAAUUAAAUACUGCCACUAAUUAAUACCCGUGAACAAUGCCAUCAAAUAAACGCUCACCCAAUCAGAAGAAUGUGGAGUUUAUGUGAGGAUAAUAAAAAAAAACUUGCUUUAACCCAAUAGUCUACACCAUGCAGACAAUAAUGAUAUGAUUCUAUUUCAGCAAAAAAGCACCUUACUUUUGUGCAUGUAGAGGGUAAAUAAUAAAGUUGUUAAUCUCUUUCCAUUUUAGUCAUUGACUGGAAAUUUCCAGCAGCAUUUCUAGCAGGCCUUGUCAUCUUUUACAAUGCAGAAAGACUUAGUAGGUAUACUAUCUAAACGUCCCCUUCCACACUGUAAAUUUUAACAAGAACUUGAUUUGUUAAAGUGAUGAUGAUGAUGAUAUUCGAGGAUGAUGAUGAUGAUGAUGGUGACAGUAAUGACAGUUGAUCCAUUGAGUCUAUUUAGAUGCCAUACCAACUUUCAAUAUUGCUGCCAAUAGACCUUUGUCAUGGGCUGGCCAUUUUGUCUUAGGAGAUCUAAAAAGCUCCGUUUAUGCAUGGAUAGCCUCUUAGAGAGAACGAGGCUAGCUGUUCAUAAACAAAGCUUUUCAAGUCUACUGAGACAAAAUGAUCGCUGCGUGAGGGAGGUCUAUUGUAUGCUUACAACUACACUGUAGCAUUGCAACUCAAUAGUAGGUCUAGUUGUUUUCCACACCAUAAUUAUUCCUUUGAUCUUAUUAUUGCCCAUGGUGCACUAAAGUAAACUGAUCAAGAGCAGAUUCUAUGGAAAGUCGCACUUUUGUUCUUUUUUGUUGUUCUUACAAACUUUGUGCGCACAAGAUAGCAGAGCUGUGAAUCUGUUGUCAAUGUUUCUUCUAUUAUUAAUAUUAUUAAUGAGCUGUUUUUUCUUUCCAGGAACAGUUUGUUCGUUUAUUCAUCUGGUGUAUCACUUGGUCUUAUCAUGUCACUUCUUCUGCUUGUCUACAUACUGCACAGACUAAUCCCAGGGGUAAGAAAGAACGGUGUGGGGUCAAUGUUAAGACCUAACCCUGGGGUUUUUUCUUUCCAGAAACAGCUUGUUCUUUUAUUCAUCUGGCCCUGGUUGUUCAAACGUUAGAUAGCGCUAUGCACUGGAUAAAUCACUAUCCAGAGAAUAAGUAUUACGGAAAUCAAUAACGCCAUCCGCUGGAUAGUGAUUUAUCAAGUUGAUAGCGCUACCCAACGUUUGAACAACUGAGCCCUGCUGUAUCACUUGGUCUUAUCAUGUCACUUCUUCUACUUGUCCACAUGCUACACGGAUUAAUCCCUGGGGUGAGACAAAAAGGUUUGGGGCCACUGUUAAUUAAGACUUAUCCCUUGGGUAAGACAAAGCAGUUUGGGGGUGAUGGUUUAGACAAAGUACUGAGGUAAAGCGAGCAGAGGUGAGCGUUUGUUAACCCCUGUUGUGCAGGCAAUAGGAUUGGAAGUUGAAAAAUGUUGAACGUGCAUGUAUGCAUUUGCUUAAGAAUUGUUGUCAAUAUUUCAGCAUAUUGUUUUAUGCCAUUUUCGCAACUGAGGCCGCCGUGUUUACUUGUUGUAUUUCACUGCGUUCGACCUCAUGAGAACGCAACCUAAUCCCCUCGUUUGGGUGUCCAAGUCAAAAACGGAUGGCAGGACCAAAAGCAUGUCCUUUCGGGAAGUUUAUUGCAUUUACAUGUAUUGGAGUCGUUUUUUUAAAUGUUGUUGUUGUGUGGUCAUUUCUUUUCAGAGAGGAGCUGCAUAUACUGUUUUAUUUGGAGGAUGGAGUCUGGGUGCAUAUUUAAUCCAGUGGACUUGGAGUAACUUAAAAGACCUUCUACUUAACCACAACCAAUGGGUCAUUGGAUAUCUUGUUGUUAUAGGUAUGUCACAAAAGAGACCUAUAGAUAUGAGGACCAGAUUUAACUAAAAGUUUUUUCUCGUAUAUUCUCUAAACGUAGACACCCGGGAAAACUUCAUUCAGUUGUCCUUUUUUUUUUUCAGCUGAAACGUUAGUACGGUUAUUUUUAUCGAAGGAGGUUAAGCCCUCUCCCAAUCGCAAAAUGAUACAUUUUCGAACAUUUUAAUAACUUGUUUCCGCCACUACGACAUUCUUGCUAAAACCCGUAGUAGAAUGAAGACGGCUAUCGCGCUUUCCCGCCAAAAGAACCCUGGAUCACGCGUGCGCACUACUUAAUUAGCUAUUGAGAAAAUCUCGUCCUCGUCGUAGCGCCCUUGUUUUUUUAACAGAAUCUAAAGGUCUCUUAUGCGAAAAGGAAAACCUGCAUUUUAAAGAUUAUUAUGGUCGGUAUUUUUCAAAAACUCCUACGCUUUGACUGUCGUAUUACGCUCUAUAACAGCAGAGUUUUUUCCUUUCGUCAGGCAUCAGAAGCUUAUGUGUUUGCUGUCGUUACGGCCUAGUCAACGUAUUACUCUGUAUAACAGCUGUGUUUAUUUUCCGCUUUCUUCAGGCCUCAUAAGCUUUGGUGUAUGUUAUUAUUACGGCCCAGUAACCAGCGACCGCGGACUGGAUCUCAUUCGCUGGAUGCUACAGCUUAUUGGAUUGAGCCUACUGUACAUGAGUACAAGGUCAGAUGAGGUCUCCAUAGGUCUGUGUAUUAUAGUGGUUUCGUCCCAUAUAAUUCGCAGAAGUGGCAUCCUUGUCUUCUGUUUCAGACUGCUUCCUCAACACCGGUAAGGCUACCAUUCGUGCUGCCAAGAUUAAAUUAUAGGACAGAGAGGAAAACAUCGUUGUUUGCUUUGAGGCAGUCAGGCGUGGACUUGAUGACGUUUCAAACUCGGACGUCCCAGGAAUUAGAGUUCCGUUAAAUUGAAACCUCUAAAAAUAACUUAAGUGAAGUUCGCAUAUCCCGGCCAACGCCCUAAGUUUCCCUCUUUGGCCUAUUUUUCCCAUUAAUUUGCCCGUCUGGAGGCGUCUCACCCUUUGCUUGUAACCUCCUUGAUGUUUUAUCCUGUUUUCCGUAACCACUGUACCCUUCGAUUAAACAUCUAUUUACUGAAAAUGUCGUGCGGAAAACGCAGGAAAUGGCAUUUCUGAGCCUCUAAGUAUGAAAACGUUCUCGGGGAGCAUGCCCCCACUCCCCCUAGUUUGCAGUACCUUCGCAGGUCUAACCUUUCUUUCCCUGCGUACUCUUUCAAAACCUUAAGCUACGCCUCUGAGGUGUCGUUAAUGUCAGAUCAAACGUAUUUUGGCCACUGAUUAAUCGUGAGCAAGAGUUGUCUGCCUUUUGUAAUUCCGCUGAUUUACUAUUAAUUUUUUUUUUCGCAGGAUUUCCUACAGAGUCUAUUAUUUCUUCUUUCCUCCAAGACACACAUUUCUUUCCGAGGAGGAAUACAUGAUGCAGGGAACUGAAGAAACUAGAAGAGCUUUAGAAGAUCUUAGAGAAUAUUGCAGCAGUCCCGAGUGCGAUACAUGGCGCCUUGUUAGUCGACUGCAAAAUCCCAUUAGGUAUGUUACCAUCCCGGUAGGAGGGUUCUCCCUGUGAUGGCCUUAACGGGGAGGCUCCGCCCGAAAAGGGUACCUUUUUCACGCUUCAGGUGUAUGAAAGAGUAAGGGAUUUCACUUGUCGAGUGUAUGGAAUGGUAGGGAAAUCGGAGAAAAGGCCCAAAAGGGCUAACAGAUGCGUUUUAUGGCUGUGAAAAAAAUUGAGAAAAUGUCUUGGUUUUGUGAUUUAUACUACUACAUGAGAAAUUUCUGUAAUUUGAUUGGCUUAGAGCAGUGGUUUUUCAGCUUAAUUUGAAAUACCUACAUGUGAAAAUUACAAACCUUUUGCGGGUAGUAGUAUAAACAAAUAAUAGCAUGAUUUGUACGUGAUAAUUGGCUUAAAUACCACUUGUGAUAUUUCAAAAUUGUCUCCAAUUUCGAAAUAUCACUCGUGGUAUUUAUGCCAAAUAUCACUACAAAUCAUGCUAUUACCUAUACUUAUACUACUACAUGAGAAAUUACUGCAAUUUGAUUGGCUUAGAGCAGUGGUUUUUCAGCUUAAUUUGAAAUACCUACAUGUGAAAAUUACAAACCUUUUGCGGGUAGUAGUAUAAACAAAUAAUAGCAUGAUUUGUACGUGAUAAUUGGCAUAAAUACCACUUGUGAUAUUUCAAAAUUGUCUCAAAUUUCACUCGCAUAACGGCUCGUGAAAUUACGUAUAACAAUUUUGAAAUAUCACUCGUGAUAUUUAUGCCAAAUAUCACUACAAAUCAUGCUAUUACCUAUACUUAUCCAUAUGUUAAAGACUGUGUAUUUACAGUAGUUAAAAGGGAUGCAAUGUUCUACAGUCAAAGGGAUUCCUUUUCUGCCAAAUAAAGGUAAAUAAAAGGGUAAGGGGUUGGACCUCAAGGAAGAGCCUCAUCGUGUUACUAUUUUGUUUAAUGCAUAUAGAAAAACGAACAAAUCAGGGAACACAGAGAGAAAUUAAAACUGAAGGAAAAUGUAAAGGAAACGAAAAUAAUUAAAUAUUGGCUUGCAGUGGUACUUGAAUGGUCACACUUUGAUUCCUGCAGAUUCACUGAGUUGAAACUGAAGCUUAACGUCGAGUUGCGCAAUCUUUAAUCCCAUGGUGUAAAUAGUAAGGCGGAAUGUGUCGGUUGGACGAUUCGCACGAAAAUCGCCAUUCUAGGUUCCUUUUGUGACUCCACAAGUAUAUCUCGAUACUCUUUUCUUGCAAAAACCUUGGACAGAAGUCAAAUAAAUUUGAAGUUUAGCUGGUUCAAUUUUACCUUGGAUUUCGUGCGACAUCCCGUUUUUUUCUCGCCCUGUUCGUAAAAUUAAUGGGAAAGUUUUUUUACCCACUUCAGUUACUUUUUUUACUUUUUACAUGUACUUUUUCCUUUUACAUUUUAUAUUUGACUCUUAAUCCUUUACGUCCCAACAGUGACCAACUUCAAUUUUCCCCCAACAAUAUCAAUACAUAAUCAGCAGAAAAGCUUAAGAGAAUCAAUAAACUGAUCACCAAACGGAAAAUGCUUUGAUCUUUUUUUUUUCUCAAAUUCUCCUGGGCAGCGUAUUUUCUAAGGGAAUGUAUGAAGGUCAGUCAGGACAAUUUAUGGGUUUAUUGGCUUAAAGGGUUAAAUGAAACACGCAAUGCGUUUAAACCGGCUCUUGAAGUUUAAGGAAUUGUGAUUUUUGAAAAGCUGAAGGUCUGUUUACAGUGUAGGUAUUUUUGUAGGAUAUUUUUUCUUACGUAAACUAACCCCUCCGUCAAAAGGUAAAUGGAGGGCUCCUACUCAAGUUGAUUGUCGCAAUGGCUUAAAGUUUAUAGCUUUAUUAGUAUAUAUGCUUAAGCUUCCCUUUUAGGCUUGGCUAAAUCAAUAACUUACAGAUUACAGCUGUAAUCUGUUUUCUGAAUCAAGAGAUGCUUAGGGUUUUUAUAAGUAAUGUUCACAUCAAACUUCUUUUCCAGAUUUGCGCAAUUCAUGUCCACUGGCCAGCAUAUCGUAGACAAUGAAGUAAGAACACACGAAGAAGUAGAUUCUUCACAUUGGCUCACUGAAGAAAGUGAAGACGGAACACUAAACACUUCGAGUCUUGGUGAGUAAUCAAUAGCUCCCACCAGAUACUUGUAGCUUGACCAUCUUCACCAGGUUGUGGCGUUUUUCUGGUAGUUGCCAAAGAUGAUAUCAACCGCUGGAAUCGCGAUCAGAAUGGUUUCGUUUCUUUUAAUGCUUCUUUUUUCAUGGAAGAACAUUUUUUUUUUUCAAUUAUCAACCUUCAAGACUCGCUUUAAAACUUAUGAAGUGAGCCGCCUAGCAAUUUCAGCGGACUACACUCUUGAAAUGACCCUAAAGUAUAUCAGUAACCCAUCAGACUCUCUCAUCAUGUCCACACGAGCAUUAUUAUUUUCAAUAAAGAAGCCAUCUUGAGCCUCAUCCUGAAUGGAACCGCAAUGUGCGUUAUAAGUUGAAGCAUUCAGAUCUUCCACACGAAGACUGUUUUAAUACAAGCCCACUCAGAUGUAUGCUGCAUACUAAAACGAACUUCAGUGUGCGUUAAUCAAAGUUCAAUCGUGCAGAGGAGAACUGACUCUUACCAGCGCACUCAGAUGUAUGCUGCAUCCUCAAAUGACCUUCAGUGUACGUUAAUCAUAGUUUAAUCGUGUAGAGGAGAACUGAUUCUUACAAGGCAACUUAUUUGUAUGCUGCAUCCUCAAACGAACGUCAGUGUGUUUUACAAGUUAGUCAAACCAUGCAGAUCUAACAUCUUAAAUAGACAACAAGGAUCAAACCAGAACAGAGCAAACUUAAGUUUAUUUCGGUAGUUUAGUUAGGCAUUUUUUUAAAAAUUUUUUCUCAUUGUGUGUGUAAAUUAUUUUUUUACGAACAACACGCUUUUGUAUGUCAACGCCGUACGUAUUAUAAUUAUUAUUUUCUUUUUAAUAUUAGACGAAUAAAAUGCAAAGUUGACCUUUUGGAAUUGUUUUGCGUGAUGAUAUUUUGUGCUAACUGGAGGUGAUGGACCGGGGGUCAGACCCACAAUUCUUAGUUAACUGAGUUCGUGUUCUGCCCUGACGACUGGCUGGAUUUGUUCGUCGAUUACGGUAAAAAAAAAUUUUGUUCGCAUCAAUAGAAAUAAAAACAAUAACAACAGCAAACAAAUAGCAAUAAUGACUGGACAGAGUGAAACGCGUUGAUUUUCACGACUUGAAAAAAAAGGUCGUCUACCUUCUCCCCCCCCCCCCCCCCCUUCCUCAGUCGUUGCUUAGCUUCUGUCGUGCAUUAAAUUCAAACAUUUGAAUUCAAAAUUCACGUUAACGCAUGCGAGAGCGUAGUUUUGCGAAAGAAAGCUGAAUGUCCCUGUUUUUAAUGUAUAUUUUUUAUUUGUAACAAGGGAAAUAGCGACUAAUAUCUUUUAGCUAAUUAUAUACAUGCUGGGAAAUACUCACCAAAAAGCUAUGUCGUAAACUUUCAUACGAAGCCCUUUUAAUUUCCCAACGCGCCGCCAUUUUAAAAGUGUGACGUAUUUGAAGAUAAUGGCCGGCCACGGAAAUAUUAAAAGUUAAAAAUUAGUCUCUUUUACGGAGUGUCUGUUGGAGAGUCUAUGGUUAAAACAGCCAACAGUGAAGGGCUGGAUCACUGAUUUACUUUUUCUUUACUUUGUGGGAAGAAAAUGUAACUGCCAUUAAGACAAAUAUCAGUUUGGAGGUUCCUUUGGUUUCCCCGUUUAACGUAGUUCUAACACGACGAACCAUAUCCUGCAUGUGACCUUUUUAGUGUUUCGUAUUCAGUAGAAGUAGUUUUUUUAUAUUUCAGUGAAAUUGUUUUCCAAUGUUGAUGCUUUGAAGUUUGAGCUUUAGGUUACGAAACGUUACAAUUAAGGAUUUUCUUCGAAGACUCCUGCCUUUUGACUCAGAGACUAACCGAAGCACUUGAUGAGGACUAAAGGCUUGUUGUAUAUUUUCGUUCCACUGUUUGUAGCCUGUUGUCUUCAGAAGACUCUUGGGAUCACGUGAUAGUUGAAUGACGCAUCGGUCAAAAAAUUUUUAGUUUUGAAAAUUAAUGUUGUCGAAACUGAGAUACUUCAUCGCCUCGGAUUUCCAACGCUUCACUAGGAAUUGGUGAAGCUGAAACAGGAACCAACCAACUGUGACAGUUUUCUUUCUUUCUUGAUCACUUCAAAAAGCAUUGCAGAAAGCGGGAGUGGCAUACUUCCUUUGUAAAUCGAUUCGGUUUGUGGCUUCAUUUGUUCCAGUUUUUGCCUUCAAGCUUCAGUAAAGCUGUGACCCUUGGAUAGUUCUCUGUUCAAAUUAAAUACAAAUCAAGUCUCUCAAGGAAAAGUGUUUGUGUCUGUCACCUGUUGAGCUGUAGCUGGUAUUGCUAAAAAGACGCUAAUUUCAAAUUUUUAAAUUUACCGUAAAUAAUGUCAUUGGAACGGGGGUAUAAUAUCCAAAAGAAUUCAUUUUUCCAGUUAUUAGAAUCACCGUCAAUUUACCGUUUUCUUUUCUUUUGCACUUUGCAAAGGUCACAGAUCUACUUAAAUAUAUAUAUAUAUAUAUAUCUUCAAGCAGAAUUAAAUAAGGGGUCAAUUCACCGGAUUAAUUUAGGUUUCUGGGAAACUAACCACCUACCCCUCCCCUAAGCCAACAUUUUGCCCUAAGUGCGAAGUAAGUGAUAAUGUCGGCUCAGGGGAGUGGUAGGUGGGCCGUUUCCCAAAAACCUUAAUUGAUCCAAUUCACCUGAAGUGGGAAAAAAGAUAAGGAAACAGUUCAUUAGUCGAUGGCAAAAAAAUACUCGCAAAAUUUUAAACCUUCUGCUUAUUUUAGUCAAACAUUAUUUUUUGACUCACGUCAAACUGAUUUCAAAGUGAUUAUUCAAGGACCAAUUGAAUUCCGCUGUACGGACCACUUAACACUGAAACACCGGUAGCAUCGUUUAUGCAUAUCGUCAUUUUCUUACCAAUCUCUACGCAGCACCAGCUAGUUUCAAGGAAAACAACCUUGAGUGAAAAGAUUAAUGGAUAUAGACCUCCACGAUAUUUCCGAGUCAGUAAAUCCCGUAACUGGUCAGUGUUUUUUGGAGUGAUGGUUUUGAAUCGGAUAACAGCGAGUAUUCAUCGGUCUUGAUAGGUAAUUAUUCAAGUUAUAGUCGACUUUUCGUUCUCCAAACAAUUAGACACCCGCUAGAUGUUUGCUCGUAAGUUUAGAAAACACUUGUUUUUGACACUUAUUAAUAGUGCCGUUAUUUACCGGUAGAUAUCUAUUGUAAACAAUUUCUAAGAAACCAAGCGUGAACACAAUAGCUGACUGCCACGAUCCCUGCAUUGGACAAAAUGAAUAUCGUUAAUUAUUUACUGGCAAGCUAUCAUAAAACAACUGACCCUACAAUUGAAGCCACAUAUAGCGGAUUACCCUGUACUGGAAAGGUGAGGAACAGCUUUUCUGUUUUAAUCAUUGACUUGCAGAAGAUAACUUGUCGUAUUGACUUAUCAGGUCAAAUAUCAAUCAAAGCUUAUUUGGCUUGCAUUUGUUUUUAGGCUUAGCCAUGGAUUAUAGGCUGGUCUUCUGUUCCCUCUUAUUUGUGGUUGUCACUGUGACUUCCAAAACAACAUAUCAAAGUAAGUGUCAUUUUCGCUAACUAUGGAUUUAUAUUUUUUAGGCGCGUCUUUUAUUUUUCAAUGGUGCACACUUUUGUUAACCGUUGGAGAGAGUCAUAAAAGCAAUUGUCAAUUAGCCAGUGGUAUCAAAAAGAUAAAUUGUUUCACAGAAAAAGAUCAACAAAGUUAGGAAAAACGUAUUCGACGGAUCAAUUACACUUUAAAUCUUCAAUCUGUAUUCAAUGUAAUGUCAGAAGUAUGAAAUACUCAAGUUUUCUCAGCAAAUGGGGGAAAAGUCUUUAUUUCAUGUUUUCCUAGCAAAUGAUGGUGAAAAUUUCAAAAAGACGAUAUUACAGGUAAUAGAGACUUAAAGUUAUCUCGCCAUUUUACAAUUUUUGAUAGUAUCCUUUGUGAAGCAAUUUAAUUCAAGCAAAUCUUAAACUGGCAUAUUCAUUGGUGUUAUGUCGCAAAGAAAACUUCAUGUUGGGGCUUCUGAAAAGUUUAUAGUUCACCUCCUAUCUGACUUAAAAAAUCACUGACAGAAAUAAUUUGAAAAUAUUAAUCCUCGAUUUAAUUUCGAUUAAAAUUAAGUCAGUGAAGUAAAUUUCUGUUUGUAGUUAGAAGUUAGUUGUAAAAAUCGCAAAUAAUAGAGGGAAGCUUUUUCUUGACAGUUCUGUUAAGAUUUUUUACCAUUUGGCAAGAUCUAUAGUUCCUGGAACAUGGACUUUGUUUUGAAAAUCGAAGUUCUUGUGGCCAGCUUAGUCAGGUAUAGAAAGUCAAGGUUAUUUACGUUCUUAAGUCUCUACAAGUUAAAAACAGACCUGUUUCGCGUUAUUAACAAUUCAUGUAUACAUGUAUAAGAGGUGGUUAGCCUCAGUCCUUUUGGAAAUUUCAAGGGCAAACAACGAUUUUUGCUAUAAAGUAUCUGCAGAUAUUGUCAAUAUUGCCUAGACUUUUCUAAAACUCAAGAAAGGUUAAAAUUUCUCUGGAUAGCCGUGCUAUUCGUUUUCCUUAUCAUUAGGACUUUCGAACUUUCCUUAGACUUUCGGAGGUUGUGUUUUUCAGAUUUAAUUACCAAGGUAUUGCGAUUAUUGUUGAAAGAGUAUGUCUACUGAAAAUUUCGGUAUAAAGAGAAAAUUUCUCCUUGAAAAUUCUUACGAAAGUUCGUACGGCUACUCCAUGUCCUCGAACUUUCGACCGGAUCUAUCAGGGUAGCUAACAAUUUUGGUUGCGACAGAAAGCCACCUGAAAACUUCCAAAGUUCCCCCAAGACAUCCGAACACUCAGAUAAAUAGUUUUUAAGGUAGCUCCAAAUUAAUCAAGCCGGCUUCUAAAGCAUAGUGAAUACCAUUUGAGACACUUCUGAUGUAUCCGGGCUGAAUUCGUGGACGUGUAGCGAUUCUAGAAGACCAUCUCCAUUGCGACAAAUGUUCGCAAAAGAGCGAUAGUCAAUUAAUGUGCACAUGGUAUUUUACUAUUAGUGUAAUUCGCAUGAGAAUUAUUUAUAGUGAUAUUUCGAGGAUUGCCUUUCUUUCAAUCCGUUGUAAUUUUUUGUUCUCUGUAGGUGAUGAAAUUUACCCUUUUUAUUGAUUUCUAACCUUUUUCCUGUUGAAGAAAGUGGCGCAUAUUGUACAUGACGUUUCAAAGCCGUGUUUUGUUUAUGGGACUAAAGCAAGGCAAAGGUGUUACAGCGUUUAUUUAACUUGCUUGACUUGAACUAAAACGCACCUUAAGCUAACGAUACUUCUUUUGUUGAUUUAGGUAUAUUUAAAGGGAAGCAAGACCAAACGCAUGCCCGCCCACAUGCCCCAGUCAUUGCGCACCGGAUUGUACAACAGUUUGCUGCGCUCCCCUCCACCACCACCACCCCCGGCGCUUCCCCCACCUCCGCCCCCACCACCACCUCCUCCUCCUGGUCCCCCUGGUCCUGACGGCCCCAUGGGCAUGGCUGGUCCCUCUGGACCCGACGGACCUAAAGGACCUCCAGGACCUCCUGGACUUCCCGGCCCACCCGGUCUACCUGGACUUCCCGGUGCCCCUGCUGGACCCCCAGGACGUGAUGGCCCAAUGGGACCUCCAGGACCCUCAGGACAUCAAGUAAGUAUGACACUAGAAGCCCAGAAAAUAUGCUUGCUCUGUAGGGGCACUUCUUUGGUGACGAUUUUGCUAUAGAAUAGCUGAAUGAAGUCCUUGAAUGGUAUACACAAAGUGGUCGUGUUUAGUCGUUUCAUGGCAAAAAGGUUCUGGUUUGUUUCGUGUAUACCAGAAAAAUGAUAAUGAGAAAUGGCCUUGAUACUUGAUUAUUUUUCCAGAAACAAUGCAGCAGUGCUGCUGUAUAUUGUUCAACUGUGAAUCCAGUAAUAAAAGAUUUCGUGUUCUACGCCCUCACGCCGUUCAUAUUUCGAGCCUGUAUGUCGUUAUUCGCCUUAGUCAUGGUGUUGCAAGACGUUUUCGGGUAAUUGACUCUGCCUUCCAUUCUUUAGGGACCCCCCGGAGACCUCGGACCAAUGGGACCACCAGGAGCACCCGGACUGCCCGGUCCCCCGGCUCCCCCAGGUGGACUGCCUCCAUGUCCUCCUGUCUGCGUCAAAACAUGCAUCAAGGCUUGUCAACCACACUGCUGCGCGGGCAGAAAGAAGAGAUCUCACCUCCUGC